AUGGCCGUUAUAAAAAUCUUCGUAAUUAUUUUUGGCGUAAUUCAAGCAGAAAUUCUUCAAUUUCCAAGAUUUAAACCAGCCAACAAUUGCAGGGAUUACCGGAUACAAUGUAAUUCGAGCAAUGAAAUUCCGUGUUGUCAAGAACAUAACUUGUGCGCGAAGGUUCAAAUAGCUCCUGCGAAAUAUUCUUCAAUAUGUUUGAAACCAUUAACAUUAGGAGAUUUUUGCGAAGAAAAUGUCGAUUGCUUAAUGUUAGGUCAUGCGAAUUGUCAUAAAGGUCACUGUGAGUGUUUGGCUAAUUAUGGGAUACCGAAGAUGGGAACCAAAUGUUUGCCACUUAUAGGAGCCAUUUGUUUGGAGAAUAAUGAUUGCUCAGUAAAAGAUACUAUUUGUGUUAAUAAUAAAUGUCGAUGCAGAGAUAAAUACAUCGCUAUCGAUAACAAUCAGUGCAAACCAUCAACAUUAGGAAAAAAAUGCCGAGGUGAUUGGAACUGUAAUGAUCAAUUGCAUAUGAAAUGCUCAAAAAGUAAUAUAUGCAGAUGUAAAAGUAAUUAUAUUAUAAAAGAUAAUAUGAAGUGUGUACCGCUUUUGGAUGAAUUUUGUUGGAGUGGUGAAAAAUGUGCAGUAAAUAAUUCUGUGUGUUUUAAUAAUAAAUGUCAAUGCAUUAAAGGUUACAGAGCACUUGGCAAUUAUUUAUGCAUUCCUACCGAUAUUUGAAGUGUCAUUGACUGAACGACUUAUACUGUUGGAUUACUUCGAUUUGAUGUUUAUAAAUAACAAUUAUAAAUUAUGGUUUCAAUAGUUUUUAAAUAUUUAUUGGAAUAUUGAAUAAAAUGUAAAA